AUGCCGAAAAAGGAGACGGGUGAGAAGCGAUGCAAGCGUUGUACACAGAAGCCCGCGGCCACGAAGAAAACCCUCCUGGUGGAUGAGAUCGGUGAAAUCCUGAGCCGUCAGCUUGAUCAUCCGACAAAUACUGUGGAUAUUUCAUCUGGUAGCAUCAGUAGCGGUAGCAGCUACACUCUCCAUGAUGCUGUCCAGGGUGAAGAAUGUGUGCCACAGAUAAAAAGCGCCAAGCUGCCCGGCAGGCGGCACUCUGUAUCCUCCCCCAGCAAACAACCUAUAUCAAGACCGACUUCGCAAAGCACACGUCAGGCGUCUGCAGCCAUAUUCACACUUGAAGAUCUCGCAGCUGUUCGUGCCAUCGAGAAAUUAGCGACAAGGUACGGGCGGGUCUCCCAUAUGAGUGUUCUCGACCCUAGGUACAAAUUCUUCGUGAAUAGAGCGCGCACUGCUGCUCUGUCGUUCAAAGUGCAUAACAAAGUUGCGCUGGUCAUGGGUGAUCCCCUAUGCGAGCCGGACUGGUUCGCCAAUGUCCUCGCAGAAUUCAAGGAGUACCGGAGGAGACCCGGCUGGAGUAUCGCAUUCAUCGGUGCCAGCGAAGUGUUUACCGAAUACGCUAAAAAACAUGGAUGGACGACCAUCCAAUUCGGCGCCGAGCGCGUGCUCAAUCCCAUGACCAAUGAUGUAUUGAACGAGAGAGCGGGGAAACGCAUCAUCGUACAAAGCAAGCAACUGCUCAAUCCGAGCAAAGGCAACAUCUCGUUGGGUUUAUACGUACCGGCGCAGGGUGAGGAUCUGGAUGUGCAGAGGGAACUGGUCAGGGUUUAUGACUCAUGGCGUGAGAAGCGAAAUUGUGCUCCCGGCGCAAAGGCUUUCAUCACGGUGUAUGACCCUUUUUCAAUGCCGGCCCUGAUGAUGUAUAUCUACACCAGAGGCCCAGAUGGUGUAGCCAACGGCUUCGCGGCCAUCCGACAUCUUGGUGCCAACCAAGGAUACCACAUUGACCCUUGCAUUGCAGCUCCUGGAGCGCCCAGAGGGAUCACCGAUCUGUUAAUCGUUGCUGCCAUGGCGCUCUUGCACUCAAUGAGAGUUUCGUACCUCAGCCUUGGAUUUGAACCCUCGGAAUCACUGGCUGACAUAACCCGACUGUCGCCUCCGAUCGAGAAAAUCACCCGAGCGAUAUACAAGCGUACAUUCAAACAAAUGCUUUUUCAGGGAAAACAGAUGUUUCACGAAAAGUUCAAGCCGGAUGGCUCGCAGGGAUCACCGCUUUUCGUCCUUUUUCCCGCUGGUGCUCCCAGUCUACGACAGUUGGUCGCUCUUUCCCGAAUGUCGAAUAUCAGCAUUCGAAAGCUUGUUUUCGCAAGGUCCGGAAAGAACUCGGAUACGCUUAUGCCUGUCAAGCAAAAGAUCGAAGAACGAAGGCUUGGGAUGGAUCGCCCAAAGUGA